AUGAAGUGGCAAUAUGCUGACACUUUUUAUACCGAGGAAGAAUUCUGGGCCAUCUACGACCGGGAAGGGUACCAGAAGCUUCGCAGGAAGUAUGGCGCAGAGAGCUUGCCGGAUGUUUAUCAAAAAGUUCGAACGAUCGUAGCGGACAAAGGCAAGAUUCUGACUGUCCCGGCCCGCAUUACUGGUGUACUUACAGGUGAUACUUCCCUUCAAAAUCUGUGGGAAAUCAUAUGGAGUGUCUGGCCUUUGGUGGGCGUUAAGGCAGUUCUUUCUGCGCUUAUGGGAGUCGAAUACCUGAGAAAGAACGACUGA